AUGUUUAUUCUGUUUUCCACACAGGAAAAAAGCUUUGAACCACAUUACGCGGUCUUACCUGACCAAUCAGAAAAUGAAAAAAUACAGAUGUAUGUCAGCCAAGACGACAUUGAAAUUAUCUCCAAUAGAAAGGUAUUGACACAUUUUCUUAGUUUUAAGACACUGACGUUGGGCGCUUCGCCUUGACAAGUAAAAUUGUUUAGUUUACAUGUUUGGUGUUUGAGGCGCAUAUAUUCAAUUUAGAGGAGGGAGUUCUUCCAUUUGAAAAGGGAGUUUUGCCAUUUUACAAGAGAGUUUUGCUAUUUGAAAAGGGAGUUCUUCUAUUUGAAAAGGGAGUUUUGCUAUUUGAAAAGGAAGUUCUGCUAUUUGAAACGGGUGUUCUGUUAUUUGAAAAGGGAGUUUUGCUAUUUGAAAAGGGAGUUUUGCUAUUUGAAAAGGGAGUUCUGCUAUUUGAAAAGUGAGUUCUGCUAUUUGAAAAGGGAGUUCUGCCAUUUGAAAAGGGAGUUCUGCUAUUUGAAAAGGGAGUUCUGACGCACAUCUUGUUGACAAGUUGUACGAUUUUUACGCGUGUAUAUAUACGUUUUAACUUCAAUAUGUUAAUAUUUUUUAGAUUGAAAAUGAUGUAAUUAAUGAUUAUUUUGAAGCUUUUGAUGGGAUCACGUAUCAGCCAAGACCAUUUCUGAAACAACUGUAUCCUAAAGAUUGAAAAACUUCGUAUCCUUGAAAGCUUUUGUACAAAAUUGCAUGUAUUUAUAUUACUCUUCAUGCUGCGAACGCUCAUUAAUUAAAGCGCGUGUUAACGCGAAAGCAAACGCGAACACAAAUAGUUUAAGAGGCAAUUUUUUUCGCUAUCGCGCUUAUGUCAAAACCUAAAAUGUUUUUGGCGUUCCUCACAAAAUUACAUUGUUCUAGCUUUAUUUUGUAGUUUACACAGUCAGCAACCUUUUUAAAUGUAUCUGGCGGUUGAGAAACACAGAAUAAUAGUUAAAUAUUGUCAAUUUGAAUACAAUUAUCAUCGAUGCUGUAAAAUUGACGCCAUAUGGCAUAUAUGUUACAGCAAUAUAAACAAAACUUACUGAACUUCAGACAUCAUUUUUUCUUGGGCGUAAAUCUAAAUCAUUUUAGCAUAAUUUUACACGUAAAGCACUAAACAUACUUUUUAAGUUUGUUUGCGCUUCAAGAACGUAUCAAAAAUUUUAAAAAAUUGAAUAUAGUCAUCACCAAGUGAAAAAUAAACAUUAGUUUUGAGCGCGUGUUUAUACGUAACAUACAAAAGAUUCUUGUCUUAAAGCAAACGCUGAAAACGAAUAGAAAGACGGCAAACGUAAAUUCCUAUAAUGAAAUGAAUGCUAAUGAAAGCGCCGAGGCCGGUUAUAAGCCGAUUAUCAUGAUUGACUAGAAAUUUUACCCGAUAUUUUAUACAGUAAGACAUAAAUAAACUGUAAAACGUAAUAUGAUUUC